AUGUACUUUUUGUCUAUAUUUGUGGCUCUAAACACAGCCUUUUGUUUCCCGUUACAAAGUCGUGCCAAUUCAUUCAACGCCGGGGCCGCUUAUAAGUCCGUGCUCAACUCGACAUGGGAUUUAUUUUGGAAUGGAGAACAUCAGGCGUUCAACUUGAAUGAUCCUUCUUGUACAUCCAACUUUAGCUUGCCUGCAGUUUGGGAUAUCGCAGUUGUCGCAAAGGCGUUUAUUGACUCAGGCGAUAUAACCGCGUCGCAAAAGAUAUUAUCUGAAUUGUAUUCGUACCAAGGUUCCAGUGGAUGGUUCAAUGCUCUUCCGAAUCAGACAGAAGCAUUUACUGAUGAUAAUGCACAAAUUGUGUGGGCUUUACUAGCAGCUUAUGACUUGACAAAAGAUGAGAAACAUUUGAAAACUGCAGAACAAUUGGUAAAGUUGAUACAAGGACAAUGGUCAAACAUAGGAGGAAUAAUCUGGCAGACAGGAGAAGCAUACGUGGCAUCGAUCUCAACUACAGAGGCUGCAUUGGCCGCCGUUCGUCUAUACAAAUACAACCACGAUGAAUCUUUACUUGAUUUUGCUCAACAGUGUCUUAAUUGGAUGGAAGAAAAGCUUAAAGAUCCACUGGAUGGAUUUUACUACGACGGUACAAAUAGAAACAAUGGUGAUGUUAACAAGGGAAAAUUGUCAUACACUGUGGGUACAGCUAUUUCCUCGUACACAUACUUGUACUCAUUUACGAAGAACGAGACGUUUCUUAACAUUGCUAAUCAAAGGGCCACAGCUGUUUUUGGCACCAAUACGUCGAAUGUGUUAAUGAAUGCUAGCGGUGGUUGGAACAAUGGGCUAAAAUAUGUUCAUUUAUUAUUUGUGGGAAUUGCAGACUUGAUUGAAAUAGGUGGCCAGUCACAAUAUACUGAAAAACUAAUAGAUCAAGGUAAGAUGGUUUACGAAUUUGAUCAAUUAAGCGAUGGGGUUUAUGUUGAUUUUGAGAGUGAUGCAUCAUUAGCUGACCAUUACACACAGCUUACAGGAAGACCCAGUGGAUACACUUUCAAUGCUAACAAUUACUGCAAUGCCAGUGAAUCUUCACCAAAAAGGUCUGUUUUGACUCAAGGGUCAGCAGCGCAAGUGUUUUACCAAGUGGGUCGGAUAAACUCGUAG